CCCACGCGCGCGAUGCCGGCCGCGCACGUCUCGCGGGUCCGGGCCCUGUAUCGGCGCAUCUUGCUGCUGCACCGGGCGCUGCCCCCGGACCUCAAGGCCCUGGGCGACCAGUACGUGAAGGACGAGUUCCGGAGACACCGGGCGGUUGGUCCCGACGAGGCCCGGCGUUUCUUGCAGGAAUGGGAGGCAUAUGCAGCAGUGCUAUGGCAACAAGCUAAUGAAAACAGCCAAAAUUCAACUGAAAAAGCAUGUUUUGGAGCUGCCCUACCAGAAGAGAAGCUUCAUGACUUUCGUGACGAACAAAUAGGACAGUUGCAGGAGCUGAUGCAAGAAGCCACUAAGCCCAACAGGCAAUUUAGUAUUACCGAAUCCAGGAAACCCAAGUGUUAGUCUGUGCAAUAAAGCUUAACCAAGCGUUCACAGUUCAGAACCCCUUAUUUUAACCAUCAUUGGUUUUUAAAUUUUUUUUACGCUUUUAGGUUUUGAGAAUGUCUGUUGUCAAUGAAAUAUAUAAAUAUGUAUAUGUGUGUGUGUGUAUUUGGCGAUGUUGUGAAUGAUCUUUGCAAUGUAUAGAUCAGACCACCAGUGGAUGGAAUUUUACACUAUUGAGCUAAGUAACAGUGCUGGCAGGGUGGGAUUCCAUUUUUGGACUAAACAAGUUUGUCUAACUUGUGGAAUUUUGGUAAAAAAAUGUUAAUGCUACUCUUGUUCAAGCAUUAGCUUAGGUUUAUCAGAUAAAUACAUC